UAACUUAGGACGAGUAGGAGGCAAAUGCUGCCCCAGCUGUUUCCUGUUGAAAAUGUCUGUGUAAUGUAGAUAAAUGUGAGGGAUUUUCUCUCUAAAUCCGUCUCCUGUUCGCUAAAUCUCACUUCUCCAAAACGAGCCUGCGCAAUGGAACAAAGUCGGAAUAUUGAGAUGUGACAUUGCCCGCAUCUCAUCCUCUUUCUCCCCGUUUUUUAAUGACUUCAAACAAGUUCCUUUUCGCCGGGCUUUGUCUUGCGGAGACCCGUGGGGAUGUCUAGCGCUCUUUCCUUUCAGUGGCAUUUAUGUAAUGUCUUCAAGAGUGCGAUGUGCUGUAUCUCCUGUAGCCACACCCUCUCACUACUGCUGUGCGUCCUCACCCUGACUCCGACGGCAACAGGGGCGGGUCCAGAGACCCUGUGCGGGGCGGAGCUGGUCGACACUCUGCAGUUUGUGUGUGGAGAGAGAGGCUUUUAUUUCAGUAAACCAACAGGCUAUGGCCCCAACGCACGGCGGUCACAUGGCAUCGUGGACGAGUGCUGCUUCCAAAUCUGUGAGCUGUGGCGCCUGGAGAUGUACUGUGCGCCUGCCAAGACUAGCAAGGCUGCUCGCUCUGUGCGUGCACAGCGCCACACAGACAUGCCGAGAGCACCCAAGGUUAGUACCGCAGGGCACAAGGUGGACAGGAGCACAGAGCGUAGGACAACACAGCAGCAAGACAAGACAAAAAACAAGAAGAGACCAUUACCUGGACAUAGUCAUUCAUCCUUCAAGGACGUGCAUCCGAAAAACUCAAGUCGAGGCAACACGGGGGGCAGAAAUUACCGAAUGUAGAGAAGGAGCGAAUGGACAAAUGCCCAGCGACUUGGGAAGAGAGAAGGGAGAGACCUUACCUGGUACCCCUGUGGAAUGGUUCACUGUAAAACAAAACAAAGAGGAUGCUAACAAAGGUUCGAAAAGCUCUUCAAAAUGAUUGAAACCUAAGAGCUAAGUUGUGUUUUAAGGGGUUUGAUGAGGGAUCUUGUGAUUAUUUUAUACACUGCACCAUUCCAUAUCGGGAGGAAUUCUUUGUUAAUGCAAUGUAACAGACUAGUUUAGCUGCUGAGACACGAAACAAGAGCUUAUUAUACCUCCAUGUGUGAGCUGCAGCAUCCCCUGGCUCCAGGAAAGGGCGGGAAGCGCAUCCGGGCUUCAGCCAAUCAGAGAGCGGCAGGCUGUGUUUGAGAAUGAGUGGUCCAUCCUGUCCCCUGAACUUUGCGGGGGGUAAAUCUUUUUACUCUGAGAGAGUGGAUUCAUUCACUCCUUUGGUAAGACAGGAUACUUUGUCAGCGGUCCCAUAUACAACAGUUACUACUACCCAAGUUAAAAUCUUAUCAUCUGAUAUUUAGUUUGUUUUAUGCAACAUGCAUUACCCAGGAUAUUUGUAAUAAGUGUAAAAAAGGUUUUCUUUAAAGGACAAAGACCAGGUUGUUCAUUAUCAGACUUUAAACAUUGUUUUAGUUAUUUUACCUUGAGCUUAAGUCAAAUCCCUACGUUUCAUUGACUCCCCAAGUCAAACCCCUGUUAAACCUCAGGAAGUGUUGAGAACCUAGGGAUUGAAACUACGAUCCAAACACUUCUACAACAGAUCAAGCACCAUUAGAUGGGAUUGUAAGGAAGGUGGGAAGUAUACAGUUCAUGGUGCUUGUUUGGUUGUCAGGAAUGGGUCAUUCAGUAGAUUCAAAGUACAUUUGGCAUAAGCCAGUGGAAUAAAUCAAACAGCAACAAUCAGGCACAAUGCUGUGGCCAAAUCUGAUUUUUGUCAACAAGCCAGUCACCAGUGAUCAACCUUUGAUUCUGAGUAGAGGCCUUCGUUCAAGGUUAAGCGCAAGUCAUGAAAGUUUAGUCACUGCAAGUCAACAAGCGCUCUAAAAAGAGUCAAAUAUUCUUCCUGUUCUCUUAAAGAAUUGACAAUAUGUUUCCAAAGUUUGAAACAAAGGAGAGGCUGUUACAAUUGCCACAUAUUGCCAUUUGAUUGAUCGAUUCCGUCCUGUUAUAUUCUGUUAGUUUAGGCAGGCUGAUGACUUUGCUACGUCAGUUGGUCGCUUGGAUUGCAUUACGUGGCAUCAUGGAGACAGUACAACUAAACUCCACCGCAUCUGUUGCAAAGUCCAACGACGAAACGUGCAGAUUAGAAAAGAUUUGUUAAAUAUUGCAAGCCUAAAUGACAAGUCUUCCUGGAGAUAUGAGACACGGCACACAUAUAACAGAACACAAACACACAUACAAAGCACCCACAGUGUAAAUGACAGUUGUGUAACCGUGAGCAAAGGUCAAGCGCACACAAACACGAUUCAUGAAAAGACAGUUCUGAGAAGUCCUUGCAUGAGGACUGACAGUCACGGCUGUUUGUUCAAGCCUCCAUGCGGAUUUACGGUCAUUUUAUCGCACAAACCACCCCAAGACAUCUCAUCUCUGCCUCCUCUGCCUGUGUAUAAUCAAACAGUACUCCCAUUUAUGUUAACCUAUGCAUUACUAUCAUUCAUUGUACAUGAUGGUUCAUAUAACAAAACUGUAUUAAGAAUCCUAUCCACUGUAUAAUGGUGCUAUUUUGUAGUUUGUUACUUGCAAGAGAUGGCUAAAACAGACAGAUGGCAGGGCUUACAUUGGAGGUCUUCCCUUUUGCACAGCCUUGUGGCCACCAUUUUAAUAGUGUUUUUAUUUGUAAGCUGUUUCAAUAAGGUAGUAGUGUAAGCGAGUAAAUGUAUCUGUGUGAAAUCUGUGAAUGCAUGGAGAUUAAAGAAAAAAAAGAAGAUAAUACCAUGUUGUGGUCCCAAGAAGGCAAAAAAAAAAAUUUUCUACUGUUUUUGAAUUAUUUUUCUCAAUAUAGAUCCCUUCUGCCAAAUAACUUGACAAAA